AUGUUUGCUAAAGCUUUAGAAUAUUUUGCUAAUACAAACCCAACAGAAAGACAGUUUAUACCAAAGCAGAGGUCAUCAAAGAAAUUGAGUAAAAUAGUUGACUAUGUAAACAAUAUUUUAUUGCCACAAUAUAUCACCAGCGAAAUUGAAUUUAAAACAUUUCAGAAUUUAGUGUACUGUGCAGCAUGGACUUCAGCUAAGCUCAACGGAGCUAAAAUUGAAAUAGCUAUACAAGUUGAUAAUCCGUUAGGACCUGAGAAACAAAAGAAAUAUAAUAAGCCAAAGUGGGAACAAAGAUUAGAAAACAAAAAAACUACCCAUAACCAAACAAGUUCAUGGUAUCCACUUGGCUUUGUCCCGUGGUAA